AUGGAUGUGAAGCGCCUGGCUAUGAUAUUGUUGGCGGCCUUCUCAGCUAACACAGUACUGGCUUUCAAUGCUCCAUCGGAUGUUCCAACAUGGUGCGGAAAGCCAUACAUGAGCAGCAACAAUGCUCUGGAUCCUGGGGGGCAAUUCCAGUUUCCUACCGCGCAGAAUGUAUCGCUGUUGUAUCUCAAAGUCCAGCCUCGAUAUUCGAUAUUCUUGGAAAGUGAUGAAUCAGGCUCGUUCAUCGUGGACGCCUCCAUAUCCCACACCUUUGGACAAGCAUACAACAAUGUCACAUACGACCCACCCAAUACUCCUUCAGGUCCCUUCAUAAAGCUAGACUACGAGAUUUUCAAUGAAGAAUCUGGCUCGCUGCUUGUUGCCAAUUCAGUUCCUAUCAACACGACUGGCAACAUCGUUGAGUUCUCCUUCUCAUCCCUCAAACCUCGGUUACAGCCCUGGCCAAUUUCGAUUCAUGCCAGUUCCCCUGAUGGCCUGCAAAAAUAUUCUGCCUCCACGGAAAUAUACGUCUUACCAUCACGUACAUACGGAAGUGCUGUGAAGAUUGACAAUCUCUUCGGAGGACUCUACGUUCAGAAUGCAGCGAAUGACUGGAAGGGCUGGUACGGGAUUUUCCCGAAUGGCGGAUAUGCUGACGGAGGAUAUGUGACACCAUCCAAUAUCACCUUCAACAACCUGAAUACAUACGCCUCGCAGGGGUUCAAUACUAUCAGUAUUGUCCCGGAUGGUGGGCGUCCCGAUCAAGCGUAUCCUGUGGAUGAGCUUAGACAGUACUGGGACCGAAUGGACGAGCUGAAUCUAUUCAAUAUUUACGAAAUGCGAUUUGCAUUUCAGAACUCGACUCGUAUCAAUGACCAGGUAGCGCUAUGGAAGAAUCGCACAACUCUUCUGAUGUGGUACACCGCCGACGAGCCCGAUGGUUGGGCAUACAAUCUGAACUCAACCAAACUCGCUUACGACCAACUCCGUGAACUCGACCCCUAUCAUCCUGUGUCUCUAGUAUUGAACUGCCAAAAUUUCUAUUAUGCAGAAUACAGCUCCGGCGCCGACAUAGUCUUCGAGGAUGCAUACCCGGUCUCGAUCAAUGCUACCUGGUCAAUUCCUUGGAACACACCUUGCAACCUGACCUACGGAGACUGCGGAUGUGACAACUGCGUGGGCGAGCUCACAGAUGUUUCGACUCGACUAGACGAUAUUCAAAGUUAUCAAGAAAAUAUCCAAGGAGAGUCAAGCAAGCCGACGUGGGCAGUGAUCCAAGCAUUCGGGAACCAGAGCUAUUGGCCGGGUAUUCCAAGUGCUGCAGAGGUUGAAAACAUGAUGAUGCUAGCUAUCAAUCACAACGCCAAGGGGCUCACAUAUUGGAUUUACCCGAGCACAUCGGAUGUCAAUAUUAGGAGUGGAGAACUUGGAAAGGUAUUUCAGAGUCAAACGGGCUUGAAGUUCUUGUUUGGCACGAAUGCAAUUAAGGGGUUGCCAGUUGCAGGCGAACCAUUGGUCGAUGCGAGUGCUUGGAUUGUUGACGGGAAGAUGAUGGUUGGUGUCGCUUCUGGAGAGUAUGUCGAUUUUUCUUCGACUGUGACAAUCAUGUUGCCAGAAAGUGCGACUUCCAUAGAUGCAGUGCUGUACGGAGAUUCUGGAUGGACUGUGAGUGGCAGGAUGCUGUCCAAGACGGGUCUCAAAUCACUUGAGAUUGGUGUUGUUGUCCUCAAUCUCAGUUGA